UCGUUGCUCGAGUUUUGGGACGUGGAAACAUGUCGGGAAAUGCUCCUUCCUCUUCUUGCGCCUUCAGAUAUCUCUGCGCUACGUCUUGUAUGCCAUGGCAUCAGCGAACGUGUCAUCAGCCAGUCGUUUGCUUCCAUCGAUAUGACCUUUCGAGCAAAGUCGUUCAGUAAACCAGCCAGACUUGCUGCUCUGCAGAGGAUAGGUCAUCACAUCAAGGAAGUCAGUUUUCAUCUGCAAAGAAGUAUGGACACUACAUUGCCACCUCUGAUAGAUCCUUGGACUGGAGAGCAAAGGCCAUUUGUUUGGAGGCCUUCAAUCGCUCAAGGUCAUAUUGUAGAGAAGUCUGCCAAACAACCAAGAUAUGGCGAUGUGCAGACAACAGAGUUGUUAAUUCGACAAUAUCCGCCACUUUACCACGCCGCUACAAACGUGCGAUCCUUCAUCGCUGCAACAUCUUGUCUAGCGAACUUGCAACACCUCAAAAUCUCUUGCGCUGCGGCAGAUGGAGCAAUGCCAUCUAGAGCACAAGGCACAAACAUCAUGGAGAUUGCACUCGCAUCGCUCCGUUGCGCCAUCGAGGAAGCCAGGCUCAAGCACCUAGAUGCGCUUACUCUCUCCAAUAUUCUUCCAACGGACAUCAUGGCUCUGUUGCCCCCAGAGAUAAGCGCACGUCCAGGUUCUGCAAGAUUUUGGUCAAAGAUUCGUACAUUGAAUAUCAUCAUGCACUCUGAGCCUAGCUCCACAGCAGAGUCGGACCAGCUAAAACUGCUGCGCAAGUACAUUCGUGGCUACAAAGGACUGCGUCGAUUCUCCUUCCGAUGGAUUGGUGCAAGAGGACUUUCGCCGUUGCCUGAGCUGCCGCUGGAGCACAAGAAUAGCACUCAUCCUGCGUUGAGACAUGCAUCACCUUCAACAAUUGCGCUAUUGUUCCCAAAUCUUGAAUACCUGGCGCUAGAUAACGUAGUGAUUUCAGCGACCCAGGUGCAGCGAUUGAUGCAGACUCACAAGAGUACCUUGAUAAAGAUUGAUCUUGACAACGUUGUCCUGAAGGACGGGAGUUGGCAUAAUGCUCUAGCCACCAUAGAUUGUGUCGAGGUCAAGACCAAGGCAUCCUGCAUCACAGAAGAGGGAGAAGUGCCGAUUAUGCUUGCACCU